AUGUUCUGUUGCGGUUCAAAAAAGAAGAAAUCGAAGUAGUUUUUUGGAAUUUUAGGAAGAGUGCCAAGCCAGAGGAGCCAUCCACGAAUUCUGAUACGCAUUCUUUUAAGAAAGAAGAAGAAUCCCAAAAAGUUAAUGUUCCACCACCUGUCCCUGCAAAACCAAUGGACGAAGUUUUUAUUAAAACUAAUUCAAAUUAGGAAAUGUUGAGGAAAAUACAAGAGAUUAAAGACUUGCGUAAUCGUAGUUUAUAUGAAAAAAGGUAUUUAAAUCCUAAGUUCCUAGUGUUGAAUGUGAACAUGAUUAUAUCACUUAAUUGAUAAACAAAGAAAAUAUACAAGAGUAGUUUGCACUUGAUUUUACAUGGGCAGUUAAUUAUACAAAUCAUCUAAAAGGAAAAAAAACUGAAAUUUAAUCAAUAAACAAUUAAAACCUGAUUGGACCCAAUUAAUAAAUAAAAAGUGGAUUAAAAUAAGAUGUCGACUAUGUAGUUUUAAAUGAGCAAGCUUGGAACUUUGUAUACUAAAUGUAUCGAGGAGGUCCAGAAGUGAAACUCAUACAUCCAUCUAAACGAGAAUCUUAAGUUUAAUCUACUAGUCUUAAUAAUCCUCAAUCUAAGCCUCCAAAAUAACCAUAAUCUAUGAUAUAAACAUCAAGCAAUUCAAGAUUCAUUCAAUAAAAACCUAUGACUUAAACUGUUUCAGUCAUGGCAACUCCAAAAUCUGUUGAUAGACAAGUAUCAUAGACUAUGUAACCACAACCAAGAAAUGAUAGUGUUCAAAACUAUAGAUAAGUAAAUUAAGAAUAAAAAAGACCAUCAAUUUCUUAAGGUUAAAUACCAAUUAUUGGAUUGAGAAAUCCAAGAUAUUAUUGUUAUAUGAAUUCAGCUUUAUAAGUUCUUUUAAGUAUUGAUUCACUUACUGAAGGUAUUCUAGCUAUUCAACCAAAAUAUGGAUAAAAAUUCUUAACUUCAUAUUAAGAAUUAUUAAGAUCAGUAUUAUAUAUAUAUUUAUUGUUUACAGAUUAAAAGAUAAGGUUCUUUUUCUUCAAUUGCAGCUCAGAGUGUUUGGGAAGUUUGUUCUGGAAAAUUCCAAUUUAAUUAAUAAUAAGAUAGUCAUGAAUUUCUUUUGUUCUUUUUGGGAAAGAUUUAAGAAGAAUUAGUUGGGAAAUAUAAAAAUAAAUAAGAAUUCAAUUCAGCUGAAUAAGCUUGGAGUGAUUAUACAUCCAAAAAUCAAGAUAUUAUUGAUUUUAUUUUUGCAGGAUAAUCUACAAGUUAAUCUUAUUGUAAAUCAUGUAAUUAAGUUUGUGAAGGAUAUGAUCCAAUAUGGGAUUUGUCUUUAUCAAUUAAGUAAUAUUUAAUAUAGUAUUUUUAGUAAAUCAUAUACUGGUAUUGAUUUAAUGGAUUGUCUAAAAUCAUAUUAUAGAGAGGAAGUUAUUAAUGAUACUUGGAAAUGUGACAAGUGCAAAAAAACCAAUAAAUCAGUUAAAAGAAAGAUGUUUAUUAGUUAGACUCCUCAAUAUUUAAUUAUUUAAUUUAAAAGAUUUACUACUUUUCCAACAUCUCAAAAGAUUAAUGAUUCUAUUUCUUACACUGAAAAGUUGGACAUUUAAGAGUAAAUCAUAAAAUUUAUUUUUAGAUUCUGCUCUAAAGGGUUGCAAACUAAAUAUAAACUAAAAGCACUAAUAACUCAUAUGGGUUAGAUAAAUGGUGGACAUUAUAAGGCUUAUGCUGAAAGAUAUAAUAAUUGGUAUUAAUUUGAUGAUGAAACUGUAUCAAAAAUUAAUGGAAAAUAAUUAUCUGAUAGAUCAGCCUAUGUAUUGCUUUAUGAGAAAUAUUGA